GGUAGCAAUAGCAUGGUAAAAGAAGUUUGAUCUGUGAAGAAGUCUGAAUUAAGCCAAACAAAUAAUGGCAACUGCUUCUUCAUCGUCGUCGUCGAAAGGAUGGAUGGGCAACAUCCAAACGACGGCUGCUCGCAUCUUUUUCAUUCUAAUCAUUUUUCAGAUCCCACUUUUCAGAGUUCCAUGCAGAGCUGGUAUGUGUACCACACCAUUGCAUUUCACAUCUUCCCAGCUGAUUACAAGUGAGAUCUUUCCUGUUCCUGUAGUAAAGGCUCUUCUCUACCCUGGAGCUCUUGCAAAUGGCCUCUUAAGGAACAUGACUGUUCCAAGCUGGAAUAACUUGUUAGAAAUCUAUAACUUGACCAAUGCAAAGGAAGCCAAUCCAGUUACUGAUCUCCAGCGCUUAGAGGUUCUAACAGGAAGCUACUUUUCUGUGGCUGGAGCCCUUGUGGGUGUUCUGAAAUCAGGGAGGAUGAGCAUGUUUGGGACACUUCUAUUAAUUUGGGGCCUCAUCAAAGAAGGGAUCUUAGGAAAGCCUGUGAACACAGAUCCUACUAAAGCUGUCUAUGUCUACCCAACUAUGUUGCUUGCCUUGAUCGCUGCCUUCUCAUCUAUAAAGUAUAAUGCGAAGAAGAUUGUUAGACCUGCACCUGCUAGGCCUAUUGCAAAGCCUCUUCAGAGGUCUUCAAAAUCUAAGCUGAAAUGAGUUGAACUGCAAUCAUCAAAUUUUUGUGUAACGUUUUAACAGUUAGCGAGUUCAAAACUGCGUGUCCUGUGUUCAGAAAAAUAUUGUUGUCAUUUUUUCUUCAAAUCACCAGCUGUUUCUCCAAUA